GACAUCUGGGGUUCUGAGUUCAGUUCCAGGCACCGAAUUUAAGAAGAAUGCUGUUGACCUGAAGAUGCCACCACAACGGCCAGGGGCCUAAGGUCAUGCCUUGAAUAUCACUGAAGGAAUUAGGGAUGUUUAUCUAGAAGAGAGGAGUGUGGGGGCACCAUGACUGUCUUUGAGUAUCUAUGGGCUGUCUUGUGACAGAGGCUUGGACCCAUCCUGCUUAACCCUGGGACACAGAGCCAGAAAUAGUGCAGGAAAGUGUCAGAGACAUGUCUGGAUUUGCUGUAAAGAACAGACUUUUUAAAAAAACUCUUUACCUUCUAUCUUAGUGUCACUACCAAGUGUCAGUACGAAGGCAAAAGUGCUGUAAGGGCUAGGCAAUUGAGGUUAAAUGACUUGCCCAGGGUCACAUAGCUAGAAGUGUCUGAGGCCAGAUUUGAACCUGAGACCUCCCAUCUAGACCUGGCCCUCUAUCCACUGAGGGACACAAAUGGCCUGAGAAUAAGCAUUCUUGAUCAAGAUGGUCACAUGUGGAUUCUGCUGCCUCAGGAUGUAGUAGGCUCCCCUUCACUAGAGAUCUUCAAGCAAAAACUCAUUAACAUUUGGUAAUGGUUCCCUCCCAGCCUACCGCAAGCACGCCUGCUCCUAGUUUGUUCUCCCCGACCACCCCUGCCUCAUCUACACAGACUCCAGGCUACAGCUUUGGAUCCCAGGCCACACCAACUCCAGGCCCAGCCACUGCGGGGUUGUCCUUAGGGUUAAGUGCGGCAGAGUUAACUUUGGGCAGCGGUGGCACCCCACUCUCUUCAGGUAUCACGGGGGACUUUGGGCUUGGCAACAGGACACUUAGCAGUUCCAUAGCAAGCAAUGUGCCAAGCCAGGCAUCAACUCCUCCUGGCUCCAUUUUUGGCCCUCCAACUACCACUGCCACCCAACCUGCAUCAUCUGUAGGAUUCUCCUUCCAUGGUGGAAAUGCUUCCCAGCUGGGGACCACUGGCUUCAACCUUGGCUCAAUGGGGAAUGCCAGUCAACCAUCAGUACUUCCAGGUUUAACCUUUACUGCUGCCCCUCCAGCAUCCACUGCAGCAGCUUCUGCACAGCCACAGACUGCCUUUGGCUCGGGAGGACUUGGAUUAUUGUCCUCUUCAGGGUCUGCUGCUGUGCUCUCUGGAUCACUGGCCUCGAGCUUCAGUCAGGGACCUGCGUCAGCUUUUGGCUCUACACUGUCAGGCUCGACACCAGCAGCUGCCGCCGCCGCUCCUGGGCCUGCCCUGUUUGCUUCCACAGCAGACUCUUCCCCUGCACAGGGGUCUGCCCCCAGCCUCUCGAGCUGGGCUCCAUCCACUUCAAUUGGAGUGCCGGGAUUUGGAUUAAAGCUUCCUGGGUCAGCGAGUGCAGCUACCACUACUACGGCUUCGGUUUCCACGCCGGGCUCGGCUUUGAGUCUGAAGCCCCUGACGACACCCGGGACUGGCAUCAUCCCUUCCACCAGUGCUCCUUUGCCUGCAGCGACCCCAGCUCCCAGGCCCACCAUGGAUCAGGAGAAUCCCCCGAGCUCUGUGAUGACUUAUGCUCAGCUGGAAAGUUUGAUAAAUAAAUGGAGCCUGGAACUGGAGGACCAGGAGAAACACUUCCUUCACCAGGCCACCCAGGUGAAUGCUUGGGACCAGACAUUAAUUGAGAACGGUGAGAAGAUUACAUCUCUGCACAGAGAAGUUGAGAAAGUGAAGCUGGACCAGAAGAGGCUGGACCAAGAACUGGACUUCAUCCUGUCCCAGCAGAAGGAGCUGGAGGACCUGUUGACUCCUUUGGAGGAGGCUGUGAAGGAGCAGAGCGGGACCAUCUAUCUGCAGCAUGCUGACGAGGAGCGAGAGAAAACUUACCAGCUGGCAGAGACCAUUGAUGCUCAGCUGAAGCGCAUGGCCCAGGACCUCAAGGAUGUCAUCGAGCACUUGAAUGUGUCUGGAGGGUCCCCUGACACCGGUGACCCGCUCCAGCAGGUCUGUAAGAUUUUGAAUGCACAUAUGGACUCGCUUCAGUGGAUUGAUCAAAAUUCAGCAUCCUUGCAGCGGAAGGUGGAAGAGGUAUCGAAGGUUUGUGAGAGUCGUCGCAAGGAGCAGGAGCGAAGCUACCGGAUGGUCUUUGAUUAAGUGGCCUGAGAUGUCUUGGAUAGAGUUGUAGUUUCCAUUAUAUAAAAGGCCUUGGCGCCAAGUUGAGUAAAAUGUACAGUUACUAUCUAUUGCAGUUAAUUUUCAUCACAGUAAAGUUUAUCUGGGUUUUCUUUUCCCAUUCUCAAACCUUGAGUAAAAUGUACAGUUACUACCUAUUGUAGUUAAUUUUUAUCGCAGUAAAGUUUAUCUGGUGUUCUUUUCCCAUUCUAAAUCUUUAUGGUAGUAAGAAAAAGUAUAUACCGUAAUUUUGCAUUAGUUAUAUCAAUGUUUUGUGAAUCUCUUUAUAGCCAUUAAAUUGAUUAUAGUGCUUUGUGAAGGCUUCUGAAAAUUUUUUCAUUAUUGGCAUUCAGUAAAUAGCCAGUUAUGUAACAGGUAUCUUUUUCCUUAUUGACAACAGGCAUGUGCCUAUUUGAAACAGUGUAGGCUUAUUUUCAGAGUGAUAUGAAAUCUUCGUGGUCAUGUGCACAACAUUUUGUUGUUCAUGCAGCAAUUACACCAAACUUGGAUUGAUUUCUGACAGUGUGUUCUUGGAGUUUCUCAACUGUCAUCAAAUUGUUUUCUCAAACUGCUGCAGAGGUUUGGCAUGAGGGCCAGCCUGCUUCUCCAGGGAUGGUCAGACACCUGUGCACAUCCUCACUUGUGUUUGUAUUAGGCCGCACCAGAAUGCCACCCCCAUUCCCCCCAUCAGAUGUGUAAGCAAAUGAUUGAAAUAUUAGCAGUGUAAAUGUCAGCUCAAUAACUGUUUGCUCAGCAUUAUAUCUUGAAUCAUCCUGGACCAUCACAAAAAGGUCUUGCAGAAAUAAACCUUAUUUGGGCUCUCA